GCCAGAGGCCCCUUGGCCUCGUUUGGGGCCGUGCAUGACUAUUCUCUGCACUUGCCAGUCCACAUGUCGACUGAUGAAGUUGGUACUCCGUACGGAGUACUUGUGGCGGUACUCGGUAGGAAACGCCAUGGCCAGCAUCAUCUCGUCCGUACUAGGUAUGUAUGAUAAUAUUAGUAGUAUUGGGGAACCUCCGCAUGUGUGACCCCGUGACCAAUAGAUACGAUACCUAGGUACCUAAGUAGACUCCCAC